GGCGGCGCCCAUUGAGAAAUACAUUGUGCUUUGGUUUUAGUGUAAUUUCACUCAUUAUUGUUAUUUUUCACGAUUUUAUCUAAUAAAUAUGUCGAACAGACAUAGAUUUUGGAAACCAGGAUUCGAAACGGGUGAUCAAAGUACUGAUCGACCUGAAGAAGGUGAAACAGAAAGGACUAAUUUUGUUUAUAAUCCACAUUCGUCGUUAUCAAUUCAGAAGCAAAGACAAAGAUUGCCUAUAUUUAAAAAUAGAAACCAUAUUUUACAUCUUUUGGAAAAUUAUCAGACUUUGAUAAUAGUAGGAGAAACAGGAUGUGGUAAAAGCACUCAAAUACCUCAGAUAACUGCAAGUUUUACUAAAAUUAUUUGGGAUCAGAAAACUUUCUUUCCUAGACCAGAUGAUUUUACCUGUGAAUGA